AUGAAUAGCAGAUUAUCAGGAAAAUCAGGUUAUAUGACCCUAAAACUUGAUAUGAGUAAGACAUAUGAUCGUGUUGAAUGGAAUUUCUUAAGAACAAAAAUGAAAAAAAUGGGAUUCAAUCAAAGAUGGAUUGAACUGGUAAUGAAGUGCGUUGAGUAUGUUACUUAUACUAUACUUAUCAAUGACUUGGGCACAGCUGCUCAGACAGACAAAGACUACAAGGAGCCACCCCCAGCUCCUUUGUUUGAGCCAGGGGAGCUUUCCUCAUGGUCCUUCUAUAGGGCUGGAAUUACAAAGUUCGUGGCUACCUUCUUGCUCCUCUACAUCACCAUCUUGACUGUUAUGGGUGUGGGCAAGUCUGAAAAGUGUAAAAGUGUGGGUAUCCAAGGAAUUGCUUGGGCUUUUGGUGGUAUGAUCUUUGCCCUUGUUUACUGCACGGCUGGUAUCUCAGGUGGACACAUCAAUCCUGCUGUGACCUUUGGACUCCUCUUGGCAAGGAAACUCUCUCUCACAAGAGCUCUAUUCUACAUCAUCAUGCAGUGCCUUGGAGCCAUAUGUGGGGAAAUUAAAUUACUGAUUUUGUAAUUCAUAUAUUGUAAUUUAGUAUUUUGUAAUGUCAUGUAUAAAUAACAAAUAAUAUAAUAUGUAGUGGAUUGUAUUGUAAU